ACGCAUUGCGGCUCCCUCCCCGGCGUGAACAGAGCGGAGGGUAAACGCGCACGUGCAUGUCUCACCUCGUCGCAGGAGCGGCGAUGUCAGUUGGGGCUCUCCUCCCUGGGGCUGAAGCGGUGGCUCCGGAAACUCAGUCCAGCGCUGUUUCCACGCAGCUGUCGCCGCUCGGAGGGGUUUUCAGAAUUGGGUUUUGAAAUGGUGGGGCCGAGGUCGAGGUGAGCAGCUCCUCCCCCCGGUGGGGGCGCGCGCUCCUUUAUUUAAGUAUCUCCAGAGACUUUCAUUUAAGGAAUCAUGACGACCGGACAGGAUGAGAGCUCGGUCCGUGUUGCUCUGAGAAUCCGUCCUCAGCUGGCCAGAGAGAAGAUUGAGGGAUGCCACAUAUGUACAUAUGUGAUGCCCGGAGAGCCUCAGGUGAUCCUGGGGAAAGACAAGGCCUUCACAUACGACUUUGUGUUUGACAUGGACUCCCAGCAAGACGCCAUCUACUCCACCUGCACAGAGAAGCUAAUCGAGGGCUGUUUCGAGGGCUACAAUGCCACUGUGUUUGCAUACGGACAGACGGGCUCAGGGAAGACGUACACUAUGGGGACUGGCUUUGACGUAAACAUCGCAGACGAGGAGUUGGGCAUCAUUCCACGCGCUGUCCACCAUCUGUUCAAGGGCAUCGAGGAGCGCCGUGAAGCCGCACAGGAGCAGGGACGUCCGGUCCCAGAAUUCAAGAUCAACGCACAGUUUCUUGAGCUUUACAACGAAGAAGUUCUGGAUCUGUUUGACUCCACUCGAGAUAUGAAGCAGAAAGCGCACAUCAAGAUUCACGAAGAUGCCAACGGGGGAAUCUACACGGUUGGAGUCACCACACGGACCGUGUCCUCUAAAGCUGAGAUGAUGCAGUGCCUGAAGUUGGGGGCUCUGUCUCGAACCACAGCCAGCACUCAGAUGAAUGUCCAGAGCUCUCGAUCCCACGCCAUCUUCACCAUCCACCUGUGCCAAGUCCGUGUCUGUGCCUCUGACAAUCAAGAAGAUGAGACUAAUAGAGUCUCUAAUGGAAACCCUGAAAUGGAUGAAUAUGAGACACUGACUGCCAAGUUUCACUUUGUGGAUUUGGCUGGUUCUGAGAGGCUAAAGAGAACUGGAGCGACUGGAGACCGAGCCAAAGAGGGCAUAUCCAUUAACUGUGGGCUGCUCGCUCUGGGGAAUGUAAUCAGUGCUUUAGGAGACCGGAGCAAGCGAUCUUCACAUGUGCCUUACAGAGACUCCAAACUCACCCGACUGCUGCAGGACUCGUUAGGAGGUAACAGUCAAACAGUGAUGAUUGCCUGCAUCAGUCCAUCCGACCAGGACUUCAUGGAGACCUUGAACACGUUAAAGUAUGCAAACAGGGCCCGAAACAUCAAGAACAAGGUGAUGGUGAACCAGGACAAGGCCAGCCAGCAAAUCAGUGCUCUGAGGACGGAGAUUGCACGGCUGCAGAUAGAGCUGAUGGAGUACAAGACUGGCAAGCGCAUGAUCGGAGAGGAUGGUGUGGAAAGCUUCAGCGACAUGUACCAUGAGAACUCCAUGCUGCAGACGGAGAACAGCAACCUGAGAGUGAGGGUCAAAGCUAUGCAGGAGACCAUUGAUGCCCAGCGAGCACGACUCACACAGCUGCUCAGCGAUCAGGCCAACCAGGCUUUGGCCAGGGCAGGUGAAGGAGGAACAGAGGAGAUCGGAAACAUGAUAAAGAGUUACAUCCAAGAGAUUGAAGACCUUCGGGCUAAACUCCUUGAGAGCGAGGCUGUCAAUGAAAACUUGAGGAAGAGUCUGUCCCGAGCCUCAAACCGUCAGUCGUUCUACGGAGGGCCCGGUUCCUUCUCCGCCAAUCUGCUGGCGCCAGAGAAAGAGACCUCUGACAUCAUUGAACUUGCCAAAAAAGACUUGGCGAAGCUGAAGAAGCGAGAGAAGAAGAAGAAGAAAAGACUUCAGCAGCUGUUGGAGCAGAGAGAGAGGGAGGAGGGGGAGGAGGUGGUGGAAGAGGUUGAGGAUGCCAGUGCCAACAAAGAGGAAGUUCCAGACAAUGAGCAGGAGAAGGGCACUGAGAAGGAAAUGAUGGAGCGCGUCAGCGAGGACACAGAAACGGACGUCCAAGAAGGCAGUGACCACGAAGAAGUGGAGGAGGAGGAGGAAGAUGAGGAGGAGGAGAUGGACGUGGAGGACAGCUCGGAGGAAUCCGACUCUGAAUCAGAUGAGAAAGAGAACUUCCAGGCGGAUCUGGCCAACAUCACCUGUGAGAUCGCCAUCAAGCAGAAACUUAUUGACGAGCUGGAGAACAGCCAGCGGCGCCUGCACACGCUCAAGCAGCAGUAUGAGCAGAAGCUGAUGAUGCUGCAGUGCAAGAUCAGGGACACGCAGCUGGAGAGGGAUCGGGUCCUCCAGAACAUGAGUUCAGUGGAGAGCGGCACAGAGGACAAGGCUCGCAAAAUCAAGGUUGAAUACGAGAAAAAGCUGAGUGUGAUGAAUAAGGAGCUUCAGAAGCUCCAGUCUGCGCAGAAGGAGCAUGCCCGCCUGCUCAGGAACCAAUCACAGUAUGAGAAGCAGCUGAAGAAGCUUCAGAUGGAUGUGGCAGAAAUGAAGAAGACUAAGGUCCGCCUGAUGAAGCAGAUGAAGGAGCAGCAGGAAAAAAACAGGAUGAACGAAUCCCGGAGGAACCGGGAGAUUGCCUCUUUGAAGAAAGACCAGAGAAAGCAAGAGCACCAGCUGAAGUUACUGGAAGCUCAAAAGAGGCAGCAGGAGCUGAUUUUAAAGAGAAAGACUGAAGAGGUGACGGCUCUGAGGAGGCAGGUCAGGCCCACCUCAGGUAGGGUGAGCAGGAGGAUCAACCAUCCAGAGUCAGUUCAGGACUCUACCCACCGACCCCCAUCCGGCCGCAUGUACUCCCCCAACAACGCCCCUCCCAACAGCACAAGGUCUUCCUACAGGCGCACAGCAGGAAUCUAUUCCACUAGAAUCGCUCGAAACAAAUGGCAGACUCUGGAGCGAAGGAUUUCUGAUAUCAUCAUGCAGAGGAUGACCAUCUCUAACAUGGAGGCUGACAUGAACCGCCUCCUGAAGCAACGAGAAGAGCUGACCAAACGGAAGGAGAAAGUCAUCAGGAAGAGAGAACGGCUGCUCAGAGCGGGGCCAGAAGAGGAGAAGGCAGUGCUCCCCCUCAGCGAGGAAGUCGAUGCUCUGACCGCCAACAUUGAUUACAUUAAUGACAGCAUUGCAGAUUGUCAAGCCAACAUCAUGCAGAUGGAGGAAACCAAGGAAGAGGCCGACACAGUGGAUGUCUCUGCUGUCAUCACUUCCUGUACUCUGGCUGAAGCUCGCUUCCUGCUGGAUCACUUCAUGUCAAUGGCGAUUAACAAGGGCCUACAGGCAGCUCAGCGAGAGUCUCAGGUGAAGGUGAUGGAGGGCAGGCUGAAGCAGACGGAAAUAACCAGCGCCACUCAGAACCAGCUGCUGUUCCACAUGCUGAAGGAAAAGGCCGAGUUUAACCCGGAGCUAGACGCGCUGCUUGGGAACGCUCUGCAGGAGCUAGGUAACAUUCCUGCUGAAAAUGCAGACAACAGCAGCAGUGAUGAGUCGGCUCAAAGCCCAUCAGCUGAGGGGACCACUUUGGCAUCAGACUUGGCAAAACUUUGUGGCGAGACCAAAACAAGAAAUAAGGCUCGCAGGAGGACCACCACCCAAAUGGAGUUGUUGUAUGCAAGCAGCGAGUCCGCCCUUGAUACCCCCACAGACUUCUCCGGCCCAAUGCUGCAACUGGCUGAAACCCCAGAUGGGGGUGGAGACAUGGACCUAUCGAGCUCAUCAGUCAGAGACUACACUGCUCUCUCCCCUGGCUUUUCCUCUAAACCUGGCAGCAUCUCUGGCUCCAGAGCUGUGCCUGCUGUGGAGAAUCGAGCUGCCGAGCCCUCGCCGCUCUCUCGCAGGAAGAUGUAUGACAAGGCACAAGCUGCGGCUGACAGGGCAAAGGUCAAGGAGAUCACACAGGGGGUCAUCAGCCCAGUCCCAUCAACCAAGAGCAGCAGGAUGGCACCGCUGCAGUGCGUUCAUGUGGCAGAGGGACACAAUAAAGCAGUUCUGUGCGUCGACUGCACCGAUGACCUUCUAUUCACCGGAUCCAAAGACCGAACCUGUAAGGUGUGGAAUCUGGUGACAGGUCAGGAGAUCAUGUCCCUGGCAGCUCACCCCAACAACGUGGUGUCAGUGCGUUACAGCUCCAGUUUGGUCUUCACCGUUUCCACCUACUAUAUCAAAGUCUGGGACAUCAGGGACUCGGCCAAGUGCAUCCGAACACUAACAUCCAUGGGUCAGGUUAACAUCGGGGACAUCUGCGCACCCAACACAAACCGGACCGUCGCCAUCCCUGCAGGAGAAAACCAGAUCAACCAGAUCGCUCUCAACCCCAACGGCACCGUUUUAUACGCUGCUGCUGGAAACUCAGUCAGGGUUUGGGAUCUGAGAAGAUUUGCAUCGACAGGUAAACUCAUGGGUCACCUGGGUCCAGUAAUGUGUCUGACUGUGGAUCAGUCUGGUAAUAAUCAAGAUCUGGUGAUCACUGGAUCUAAGGACCAUUACAUCAAGCUGUUUGAUGUGACAGAGGGCUCUCUGGGGAGCAUCAGCCCUACACACAACUUCGAGCCUCCUCAUUAUGAUGGCAUUGAGUCACUGGUGGUCCAGAGUGACAUGCUCUUCAGCGGCUCUAGAGAUAACGGAAUCAAGAAGUGGGACCUGGACCGCAGAGACUUGCUCCAGCAAGUGCCCAACGCUCACCGGGACUGGGUGUGUGCGCUGGGGGUCGUCCCCGGGUCCCCUGCCCUGCUGAGCGGCUGCAGAGGGGGGGUGCUCAAGCUGUGGCACACAGACACACUGGGGGCUCUGGGAGAGCUGAAGGGCCACGAGAGCCCCAUCAACAGCAUCACUGUCAACAGCAGCCACCUGUUCACCGCCUCUGACGAUCGGACUGUGAAGAUUUGGCGUGUGCGCGGUGGACUGGACAGCACCUUGGAGACGGCAGACAACGCAGACGAGGUGGCCAGUAACUGAUCACAGAACAGUGAAUCCAGAAGGAAGCAGCGUCUCUCUGCACUUUGAUCCCAAACACCUGAACCCAACGGCGACCGCUGCAAAACAAAUAUCAGUGUCAUGUGACCCGUUUGUCCCAGACCACAGACGUUAAUGGUGUGGUUUUGUUUGGGCAGUGGGUCUUCCUCAUUAGGGUUUAGUUUUCUGUAAUAACAAUUGCACAAUUGCUUCUUUGUUCAUUUUUCUCAGUAAAUGUAUCAUCUGACUAAACCCAUUUGUGAGAAUGAAUGUGAAGCUUUCACACACUCUUGUCUGGUUUGUCAGAUUGGCAUGAAAGGAAAAAAGGUGUGAGAGAAGAAAAAGAGGGAGAGUUACUCUUCAGGUUUUCUGUCUGGUCGGAGCACCAAAAUCGCCAUCAAAACAAAUAUUGAAUUUGUCCAAAGAAAUCAGAACAUUAAAAAGUUUGAGUCAUUAAGUGAAAUGACAGGAAGAGAAGAAAAUAGCAUAAGAAAGCCAGGAGAUCACCUAAAAUCUGUCAAUAUUAAGAGAGAAACUCCACCCCCAUAUCUGCACUCAUUGUAUCAGCUGUUUCAGUCCUAAUUGAUGGUUUAAAAAGGCUUCUCAUUACCCAGGACCCUCACAGGUCAAGAGCAAAGAACCCUCUGAGAUCUUCAUAAUCUUAGCGUUGAAAAUACUUCUGAUGGUAAUAGACGCAUUUCCAGGAGUGAGCACUGUCAGAGCAAUCAUCUAGAAAUGUUUACCAUAACAGGUAAAAAUUGGAUCCCUUUCCAAGGAAUCAAAAGAAUAAUCAGGAGAGUUUUCCAGGAACCAAGAACCACUGGAGCAGAGCUUCAGGAAGAUCUUCCAUCAUGGUGUCCAUACACGCUCACCAUGCAAGACCCCGCUGCUGAACAAAAAGCUUGUUGGAGCUGGGUUCAAUUUGGGGCAAAAAGCAUUUUUCUGGGAGACUAAAGUAUGGUCAGAUGAAAGAAAAGUGGAACAUUCUGGCUGUCAUUCCACACAUUGUCAGGAGAAGAGGUGACACUGGCCACCACCCCAAGAAUAGCACAGCAACAGUAUGACAGUUAAAGGUUUCCUCUCUAAUAAAUGUUGAUCUUCAUUUCUCUAAAGAUUUUCUAUUUCUUUCUUUAAAAGCACGUUUUCUCCUUAAACCUUGUGUUUUGGAUUGUCCCUCUCAUACGACAUCCUCUGUUCAUUUCCAGCUUUCUGGUAGAAGGCAGCAGAUUUUUUACCCAGAAUGUACAUUUUCUUUAUUCAUUCUUCCUUCAAUAAUGUGACUUCCCCCAGUAGAGCUUUCUGAAAAGUAGCCCCAAACCAUGAUGCUUCCACCCCCAACUUUGUUAUGAUUAUUCAGGUAAAAUUAAAAAAGAAUCUGUUGUUUUCUAGUUUCUGGGUUCUGCAGAACAGCAGGAGCUGCUGAAUUUCAAAGGAAAUUCACCUUUGAAUUGUGGGUGUUGACGCUGAGCAACCACGCCCCCCUUCCCCUCCCCAAAAGCUUAAGAGUUUGGACCAGGGAGAUUGUGGUCCUCCCAGCAUAUUUUCUACAUUACAAAUAAACUUUUUAAUUUUUUUUACAUGUUUUAUUUUCUCCUGAUUCACAACAAUUAGAAUGAGACUCAGAAAUGCAGUUUUAAGCUUAUUCUCCUCCAUCAGAAAAAUGCCUCAAAAAUAUGUUAAAAACACCAUUUUCAUCAUUUUUUGGUCUUUAAAUGUUAUAAUGGGUUUGUAUGAAUUCAACAUUUGGCUUAAUGGCAACAUCUGGUGGCAGGUUUGUGUCAGGAGGCCACAUGAAACCCCCCUUAGUGAUUAAAAAAUGCUGAUGUGUCACAUUUGUGUUUUCCCUACUGUACUUUAAGGGGUUCAAACUUGAACGGUCUUUCCAGCUCCUCUUUUGCCUCGGCUCUCCUUGGUUUCGGCUGAGUCUUUCUGUUCCAACCGUUCUGUAUCAUUUUAAAAACAAUUCAGUUCAAACCCACAUUUUAUUGCUGAACUUUGCUCCAUAUCAUCAUCCAUCUGCGAGCUUCAACAACGUAAACUGGCAAAAAUAAACGUGUUCAUUUAGGUUUAUCCGUGGAAAAAGUGAAGUGUUCAAAUGACAAUUUAAUUGUCAGCAGUUUGCUUUUGGGAAGCUGCUUAAAUUCAGACUAAAAGUAUUUUCUAUUUUUUAUUAAUUCUUAGCUACUGACAAAUUCAGCCUUGUUUUUCCAUGUUGAUGCCAUUAAAGGGUUAACAUCCACAAACACACCUGUCUGUCAAACAUGACCUUAAAUGAGUACACGUUUGGUCGUUUAGUAUAGUUUCAUAAAAUACUGUAUAGCUUUUGGUUGCAAAUUACGGGUUUUCCUUCUCAAUUUAUACAUUUUGAUUCGCGGUCUUACGGUUUUGAUGCGCAUUACAUUUGGCGCUGAUUUGACACCAUGUAGAUCCAUCUUCGUUUUCCUCAUCUGAGUUGGAAUCUGGCUCAAAACUGUACAGCCAGAUGUUUAGCCUGCCUUUUUUUGUUGUCCCGGUAGUGUCAGGCUGGGGUUGUGAGGGGGCUGUAAUCUAGCGGGAGAGCAUAUAAACAGAGAGCUCUCAGCAAUGGGUGAAGGGAAGGGGGUGGGGUUGCUCCAGGUCUGCAGUCACGCCCCCAACUCAGGUGAAUUUUUGCUGCUCUGCAGAAACUGUCACAGAACUGUGUUUUUCAACCACUAGAGAUGGUCAGGUGUACCGCGGGAAAUCAUUCAUUUGCACGGAUCUAAAAACAUCGCAGAGUUCGUCUUGUCACGUCUUUGAUCCUCCCUCAUCCCUGUACUGCUACAAUAAUCAUCCACCUAUAUUUAAAAGACCGGUUGGUGAAAGUUUGUGUGACGUCAUAGCGGUUCGUGGCGUGAAAAAGGUCAGGGACCACUGCCUUAAAACACUUAAACAGAAACAGUAGUCUUAAUGAAUCUCUUGUUCUUGAACUUUCUGCACGUGUGUGUGUGUGCACAUUUCCUCACCUGGUUCUAUAGCUGCAGCGUUUGUCAAAAUCACAUCAACAUCAUGAUGCAUUGAAUGAGUUUCGGUCAAAAGCAGCUUUCAGGCUGUCAGUAUUGUUCACAAAACUGCAUCAGCUUCUGACCCAGAAGUCCUCUGCUGCUCUGGUUUGCCUUACUGUGCGUUGUCAUUUUUCAGUGUUUGGUGAAGCAGCAGCAGCUAUAGGCAUUGUUCUCAUGCAUAAUCGAUGUACGUAAAUGCCAUAUAUAAGGAAAGUGUGACUGAAUGUUUGUCUCAUGGGACCACGGAUCUUACAGCGGAGCUGAAUGGUCCAGCACCGUCCGGCAGGAGGACUGACGUGCAGCAGCUGUAGUUUGGACUUCUCCUCCUGGUGGAGGUGGAACACUGUUUAGGUUCUUUCCUUCUUCUGUUUCUUACAUUUUCGUUGUUCCUGGUGUUCCUCUGGAGUUUUAAUGGCCACGUAUGGAAAACUGUAGUGACUACAAUGUCAGAUGCUUGGUGAGAAUAAAUGUCAUCUGUCAAAAGAC